AUGCUGCGGUACCUGCUGAAGACGCUGCUGCAGAUGAACCUGUUCGCCGACUCGCUGGGGGCCGAGGGCUCCAACUCCUCCCAGCUCCUGCUCGGCAUCAACCGCACCAUCGCCGCGCUCCACCUCCCCGGCCUCGCCCCCGGCAACGGUACGUGGCCCCGGGGCCCCGGCUCCUGCUGUCCCCGUGUCCCGCUGUCCCGCUGUCCCGCUGUCCCGGGGUGCCCGGUCCUGAUCCAGCGGGGCACGCGUGCGGUGGGCGCGCACGUGAAUGUGUGGAGCCGCCUGCGCGCGUGUGCACGCGUGUGCGCGCGUGGAUACGCAGGGAUGCGGGAGGAGGGCGAGAUGCCGCCGGGAAGGUGGGAGGUGCUGCCCGACAACACCCUGCGGAUCAGCCGGCUGCGGGCGGAGGACGAGGGCACCUACACCUGCGUGGCCGACAACAGCGUGGGCAGGUCGGAGGCGUCGGGUACCCUCACGGUGCACGUGCCCCCCCAGCUCGUCACCGGGCCCCGCGACCAGACUGUCACCCCCGGCCAGAGCGUGACCUUCCAGUGCCAGAGCAAAGGCAACCCGCCGCCCGCCGUGUUUUGGCAGAAGGAGGGCAGCCAGGAGCUCUCCCCCUCGCAGGUGACAGACUCCGGGCACUACGAGUGCGUGGCCACCAGCUCGGCGGGCGAGACACGUUGGGGCGGCUCCCUGGAGGUGCAGGGUGACGGAUCUGACCUCUCUCCGCCAUCCCCCAAGCCCGGUGUCCUCCCUGGGCCACCCUCCACCCCCGUGGUCACCAACGUCACCAAAAGCAGCGUCACCCUGAGCUGGAAAGGGAACGGGGACAGCGGUGCCACCGAUGUCACCUCCUACAUCGUGGAGGCUUUCAGCCAGGCGGCGGGUGGCCCAUGGCGGACAGUGGCGGCCAACGUGGAGGGUGAGAUCCACACGGUGAGCGGCCUCGUCCCCGACACCGUCUACCUCUUCUUGGUGCGGGCGGUCAACGCCUACGGGCUCAGCGACCCCAGCGGCAUCUCAGAGCCCGUGCGCACCCAAGGUGAGACCCACCCCACGCAGCAAGGGCUGGACCCCGAGCAGGUGCAGCGGGAGCUGGCGCAAGUGGCCGUGCACCUACAGGAACCCGUGGUGCUGCCGCCGGGCGCCGUCCGCCUCUCCUGGACCCCACCCACCGCCUCUCUCUUUACAGCGUCCUUCGCCUAUACGCCCACCGGUAAGCCUAUAGGUGCCACGGGGUCCCGGCGCGGCCCCCCGCCGCCCUCACUCCCACCUCUUUCUGCAGUCACCUUCCCAGCUCCGAGAUACUACAACGAUGCCGGCAUCACCCGUUACAUCGCCCAGACAGAGCAAUUUGGGGCGGGGGCUGGUGAGGGGCCGGUUUACAGCACCAUCGAGGCGGGCGGGGGCCAGGCGGUAACCCCGCCGGCCGUGAGCUGGACGGAGCUGCUGCCCCCGCCACCCUCGGCCAGCGAGCUCAGCCGGUGCGCCCAGGAGGAGGAGGAGGAGGAUGAAGAGGAAGAGGAAGAGGAAGAAGCAGCCGGCGGGUUGGGGACGGAGGAGUGGUACCCCAGUGAGGAUGUCCCCUGUGCCACCGCCGCAUCCUCGCCUGCCGCCUCCUCCGGCUGCCGGUCCACCGCCACGCUGAUGCCAUCACCCCGCGCCACCGAGGACAUCCCUCGCCUCCGCGACUUCGAUAGCCCCCGCCUGCUCCGGUAG